UUGCCCACGCGCCGCCGCCGCCGCCGCCGGUGAUGAGCGCCCGGGGCCCCGCCUGCCCCGCGGAGGUGCCGGUGGCGGCGCCGCCGCCCCUGCGGUCCCUCUUCCGCCAUGUGCAGCUGGAGAACCUGGCGGCGGGGCUGAGCGGCGGCGUCGUCUCCACCCUGGUGCUGCACCCGCUCGACCUGGUCAAGAUCCGCUUCGCAGUAAGCGAUGGAUUGGAGCUGAGGCCAAAAUACAAUGGGAUUCUCCACUGUAUGACCACUGUCUGGAAGCAUGAAGGACUACGAGGCUUAUAUCAAGGAGUAACUCCAAACAUGGUGGGAGCAGGGGCUUCCUGGGGACUUUACUUUUUCUUUUACAAUGCCAUCAAAGCUUACAGGAAGGAAGGGAAGCUGGAAAGUCUCAGUGCAACCGAACACCUAGUGUCAGCUGCAGAGGCUGGAGCCAUGACUCUCUGUAUUACAAACCCAAUAUGGGUAACGAAGACACGACUUGUUCUUCAAUAUAACGCUGGUGUUGAUCCAUCCAAGCGGCAAUACAGAGGAAUGGUUGAUGCUCUUAUAAAGAUAUACAAGAUGGAGGGCAUACGUGGCUUAUAUAAGGGAUUUGUGCCUGGUCUGUUUGGAACUUCACAUGGAGCACUUCAGUUCAUGGCCUAUGAGGAUUUGAAACUGAGAUACAACAAAUAUAGAAACAGAGUAGCAGAUGCAAAAUUGAAUACUGUGGAAUACAUAGUGAUGGCAGCUGUAUCCAAAAUAUUCGCUGUGUCAGCAACGUAUCCCUAUCAAGUGGUGCGAGCUCGUCUUCAAGAUCAGCAUAAUACUUACUCCGGUGUCUUUGAUGUGAUCGGCAGGACGUGGAGGAAAGAAGGAAUUCACGGAUUUUACAAAGGAAUUAUCCCCAAUGUGAUCAGAGUGACUCCUGCCUGCUGUAUUACCUUUGUCGUUUAUGAAAAUGUGUCUGGUUUUUUACUUGGGUUUAGAAAAGAAAAUCAUUAAAGGUACGAGCUUGUGUCCACAAGGAAUCUAUUCUUUAUUUUUUAUAUUUAUGAUCUGGGAGAGAUUUUGUUCAGCGCUUUUUUUUUUUUUGUGACACUGUGAACUGAUCUAGUAUUUUGAGGAAAGAACCUGGAGAUAGUAAAACCCUGCCAACAUCUCUUCUGCUGAAUGUUCCUGUGUUGCUGCCUUCCUCUCUGAAUCAACUGUAUCUGCUUGAAACAGAUGUCUCUGCAACUGUGAAAUAAUAGCACUGUGACUGGGUGAAGGCAGCUGUGCAGCAAUUCAGUUCAUCCUGGCCUGCCUGGAAUAACGGACUGAUCUGUUUUGACAAGUCUCAAGAUAACAAUUGGUCAGAUUUUACUCCUACAGAAGUGGGAAACUUCAUAUAAAAGCAACUCUGGGGUCUGUCAAAACUUUCUUAAAUCUUUAUCUGAAUCUCAUGAAGAAAGUAUGUAGGUAGUUGUUUACAGCAAUUCUGAAUCCACCUCUGUGUUAUUUGUCAGAUUUUAGGAUAUGGAAUGCUCCAAAUUCCAUUGGUUAUCCAACACAAAAAUGCUGCCUCAGUGGGGUGCAGUUUGGAAACUCAAAUUGUUUUGUAAAACAUCUGUCCAUUCUUGAGUUUGAAUAAUUGCCAAUCUGAUGAAACCCAGUUCUUGUCUCAUACCAGGACAGACAUGCAUUGUGGUUUCUGGCUUGCUUUUAGCACCAGACCAAAGUGUAUGUUAUGUGCAUUGCUGACAAUUCAUUUUCUUUCUCUUCCCUGUCUGCCCUCUCUUUCUCUCUGAGCAAGAUUCUGUCUCUGUUACUGAUACAUCUGACCAAAUAUUACUAAGUAAAGGCAUAUUUGAAAGUAGGCGAACAUUUUUAAAAUAGUUUUUUUUCUAGUAAUCCCAUAGUGAUGCAGUUUUCAAACUACUGUAACAACAAGUAUGACCCUGCUUAUUUUCAAUAAUAUUUUCUAGGAAAAAAAUUAUUCUGUAAGUCAUCUAAAAAAUAUUGUGCACAGGACUUUAUGUAAAAAAACCAAAACAAUCCAUUAACGUCCUCUGAUUUGGUCUAAGGAAAGGACAAUAGGAAUGUAUUGAUUGCUAAGAGUGAUAAACUAAAUUAGAGUACAUCUCAGUAAAUUUGUAUAAUGACGUUUAUUUGCAUGCCAGUAAUUGCUAUCAAGGAGAUGUACUUUUUGCAGAUCCGGGUUAAAGUUAUUCUUUAAGGAAAUACAUUACUGGCCAUUACAUCUGCCUUCUGAUGUAAGUAAAAAGGUAUUAAGAAGUAUCUAGAAAGUAUCACUUAACUAAGGAGGAAAUAAGUUAGUAAAGAUUAUUCAACAGGUAGAGGGGAAAAAUGAGUUUCUAAGGAGCAGAGAAUGCUACCCAGAAAAACAUCUGAAUAAUCACUUAGAGAAGUUUCCAGUUUAACAGAAGACUUACCUGAAGCAAAAAUAGGGGUUUUUUUAUAAAAAUUUAACACAUUAGGGAAUUGGUUUUAAUUUUGAAGUUAAAUCUGGAAGACUACAGAAACUGCUUAAUAUUUUAAAUCUUAAUUCAGCAAUCCACUUGCUUGUUUCUGUUCACACUAUUGCCACAUGCCACAUUUUGUGUAUACUUCACUUUAUUAAUAAUUUAUACUUUCUCCACGAUUCCAUCCCCUCUAAUAAUACAGUUUAUAAUCAUAUCUGAAAAGGGCACGUGUCUGUUAUUGUUUGGUUUUUAUUAAGAAAAUUUUCAUGUGUAUUUAGCUGAAGAUCAAAUUCACUGGAAGUUUACUGUGCGAAUGACUGUAUAGAUCCCUCACAGCUACUAACUUCUGCCUUAGGAGGGUGUUUACUUGCUUUUGUGUGUUUUCUAGCACGCAGAAUGAAUUUAAUGUAACACCGAGUUAACUCUGCCACCCAGGGUCCAAAAAAUAUUGUGAAGACAAAUUAAUAUAUCCUAAGAAAAGAAUAAAAAUUGUGCACUUACUACCCUGGAGUGGUGUGCCCUAGGCCCAGAACAGCUCACUCGUGCUCCAGGGUAAACACAGAGAGAGGCUGCACACAUGUACACAAUCCAUUACUGUAUGGUAACUGACAUUCUGUAAAUUCACGCCAUAGCUUAGCUCAUAGUAACUUGUUUGUGUCCAGAUACCUUAAAACCCAUCGCCCAAGCCAAUGAAAACAGUGCAGUUCUUCAGAGACCAGACAGCAGCUGUAUAAUUUGCUGGCGUGCAGCAACAGCACACAUAAGCUUGCAGUUGGGAAAGCCUGAA